AUGCCGACUUUGAAAAAAGAUGCAAAUGCAGUUACAGGCCCAGCUAUAAAGCGGAACGUCCAGGACAUCGGCAAAUCCAAGACUCGGGGACUAUACCAAAUCCGCCCAAAAGUUGUCACCAAGAAGACCAAGACCUUUAGCCUGGUGAGCAAGAAGAAUGGGCCUAAACAGGAAAACGCAAAUGUCCAGGAGAAUGAGCGCUACACUGAAACCGAAGCCGAAAGGGUCGCUAGGCAGGACUACAAGAGAGCCGCAGAGAAGCGCGAAGCUGAGCACGGGCGCGACUCGGUCCGCAAGCACACUUUAAAACCUCAAGAGUACAGUGCCGCCCCUGGCCAAAGACAGUUCAAGAACAGAUCGGUGUGCGAGACCAGGGAUUACAAUCUAUCGGGAGAGCAGAUUGGGGAAUUGCGUUGA